AAAAGUCUACGGUUCGUGUCCUAGCGGGAGGGUGCAAUGGUGCGGGAGGGCGGAAAGACUCGGAGAUGUUGAGGCCGUCCCCUGGGAGGCCGCCUCGCACGUCCUCCGGGGAGUGCGUGGUUCGGGAGACAGGCGUCUUCCCUGACGCUCUCUGGAACGGAUGCGCGGCGUGAAAGCGACAGAGCACGAAUCACAGGUCGCCAUUACAACCCCCCAGAGACAGCGGCGUCAGACCGCUUCCAAAGCCCUUGGGGUGCGCGUCUGCAGUCCCCUCAAGGCCUCUGGUCCUGCUUGGCGUCAUCGCUCCCCUAGGCAACACGCCGGCGCCCGGAGUCGGGUCCCUUUAAGGCGUCCUAGCGCCUUAGCCUUCUUGGUUUCGUGCGCCCUCCCGCAGCGCCGGCGGAGCGACCAUGGCCCAGGCGGCGCGCGUUGCUUUGGUGCUUGGCUCGAGCCGGUGUGCCCUGGUGGAGGGGCUGGGCACACGACCCUGGCCGCCACUCUCGGCCCAGAGUCGGGCCGUCUUCACCAGGGCGGUGGCCGGAGGCGGCGGUGUCGCGGUCCGCAAGGGGACCCCGCGCUUGCUGGGGGCGGCGGCGCUGGCCCUGGGCGGCGCGCUGGGGCUGUACCACACCGUGCGGUGGCACCUGCGUUCCCAGGAUCUCCGCGCCGAGCGCCCAGCUGCCCAGCUGUCCCUGUCCAGCCACCUGCAGCUGACCCUCUACCAGUACAAGACAUGUCCUUUCUGCAGCAAAGUCCGUGCCUUCCUCGACUUCCACUCCCUACCCUAUAAGGUAGUGGAGGUGAAUCCUGUCAGAAGGGCUGAGAUCAAAUUCUCCUCCUACAGGAAGGUGCCCAUCCUGGUGGCCCAGGAAGGAGACCGCUUGCAACAGCUGAAUGACUCCUCCGUCAUCAUCAGUGCCCUCAAGACUUACCUGGUUUCAGGGCAGCCCCUGGAAGAGAUCAUCACCUAUUACCCACCCAUGAAGGCCACCAAUGACCAGGGCAAGGAGGUGACUGAGUUCUGCAACAAGUACUGGCUCAUGCUGGAUGAGAAGGAGGCCCAGCAGAUGUAUGGCGGGAAGGAAGCCAGGACGGAGGAGAUGAAGUGGCGGCAGUGGGCAGAUGACUGGCUGGUGCACCUCAUCUCCCCCAAUGUGUACCGAACACCUGCUGAGGCCUUGGCUUCCUUCGACUACAUUGUCCGUGAGGGCAGGUUCGGGGCUGUGGAGGCCACAAUGGCCAAGUAUGUGGGUGCAGCGGCCAUGUACAUCAUCAGCAAGCGCCUCAAAAGCAGGCACCACCUGCAGGAUGACGUACGUGCAGACCUCUAUGAGGCAGCCAACAAGUGGGUAACAGCCGUGGGCAAAGACCGGCCAUUCAUGGGGGGUCAGGAGCCUAACCUUGCUGACCUGGCGGUGUAUGGCGUGCUGCGAGUGAUGGAGGGUCUGGAAGCCUUCACCGACCUUAUGCAACACUCACGCAUCCAGCCCUGGUACCUGCGGAUGGAACGGGCCAUUGGAGAAGCCCGCUCAAUGUAGUGUGUCCCCCCUUGCUACAGAGACUAGUUUCUAGGGGGUCAAGACCUCUGGACUAGCCCCCUGGCUACGCUGGUAGGGGGCAGAGUCAUUUCAUCUCUGGUCCAGUGGCCCCUCAGCUCUCUUUCUAAUGGUGGACAUUUCUAGGGCCCUUGAUGCUGGGGAUGAGGCCCAAGCUCACAGCAGUUCUGGCGUCACAAAGGACUCCCCUCUAACCCUAGCCGGGGGCCUGAUCUUUUCAACUCUGGCUCCUUGUGGGAUCAGAUUGGCUCCUGCCCUGGACAAGGGUAGGAAGUCUGUGACAGGGAAAGCCCAGUCCCCAUGUCUCCCGGUUCCAGCUCUUCCCAGGUGCCCCUGGGACUAUUGUAUUUGCAAUAAAGGAGAAGCCUGCUGCUCCCCUCUGGCA